AUGGCAGAAGUACUAGCUGAGGAAUUCGAGGUGCUGGAAUCUAUCUAUCCAGACGAGUUGACAAUCAAGGUAUCAUUAAACGUUUCCUAUCCGCCAGAGUAUCCGGAUGUGUAUCCCGAAGUAUCCUUGGAAUCAUUCAAUGAAGGCGGUAACCUGGGAGCCCAGGGCGUUCUGACCGAGGAGGAGGAAAAACGGCUAUUAUCGAGUCUGGAGACGGUCGUAAGUCAGCCCAAGGCCACUCUAUUUGGUCCAUUCUCUAUCAAGGGAAACGAGAAUAUUGGUAUUGCGAUGACCUUUACAUUGGUCUCACAUCUUCGCGAGCAACUAUCCGAAAUUCUAAAAGAAAGAGCGGAGAAGAUUAAACGGGAAGAACAAGAGAAGGAGAGAAAGGCCUUGGAGGCAAGUAACCAAUGCCACCCGGCUUUCAUAAGCUGA